AUGAACAAGGACCAUAUAGAACAGUACCAUAAGCGAGCUCUUCGAGAAAAGUACAAUGUGGUAAAGUCCCUCUUAGAAAGCAAAAAGAAAGAUGGAGAAUUUGUUAGCAUCUAUGUGCAAAGGAUUCAACAAUACGUGGAUCUCCUUGUUUGGCUAAAGUUGCACUUUGAUGAGGAGUUGGAUAUUGAUAUAAUCUUGAACUCCUUACCUAGUUUUUUUGAUCAGUUCAUCUUGACCUAUCAUCUGAACAAAAAUGAGACCACCUUAGCUCAUUUGCACAACCUCGUGCGAACAAAUGAAGCACGGAUGAAGGGAAAGAGUAUUGCCUCCACUCCUGCUAGUGCUCCCGUUCUGGCUAUUGGUCAAGGGAAAGGGGAAAAUAGGAAACGUCCUUGA